AUGUCUCAAGUACAUAGCGCCAAGCGCGAAGACGGCUUCAUGCCGUUCGUUCAAGCAUUUUCUUUCGCAGGAGACUAUCUCGCGCGCGAGGAUCCCACGAGCUUCUUGAGAUGGAGGAUAGAGGAGAAGAUAGCCGACAACACGAGCGUGGAUGAGCUUAGAUUUGUCGUCUUUCGAGAGGGCUGCCGCCUGUUCCGCAGGCAGCGCGCCGCCUCCGCCAGUCGUAACGCCCUCGGCAACAAUGCCGGCCGCGCCAGUCGUAACGCCCUCGGCAACAAUGCCGGUCGUUCCGCGUCUGAUACUGCCGAGGUAGUGAAGACCUACAGCGACGAGAUGGUCCAGCGGUUCAACACCGAGAUCGACACCUAUCUAGUCUACAUGCCUGCCUUCCUGCAGAUGCCUGCCUUCCUGCAGAUGCCUGCCUUCCUGCAGAUGCCUGCCUUCCUGCAGAUGCCUGCCUUCCUGCAGAUGCCUGCCUUCCUGCAGAUGCCUGCCUUCCUGCAGAUGCCUGCCUUCCUGCAGAUGCCUGCCUUCCUGCAGAUGCCUGCCUUCCUGCAGAUGCCUGCCUUCCUGCAGAUGCCUGCCUUCCUGCAGAUGCCUGCCUUCCUGCAGAUGCCUGCCUUCGUGCAGAUGAUGGUGUUACCUGGAUAA